AUGUCAGCAUCUUGGAGUUCCCGAUUAGCUCAACAGGUUACAAGUCCAGAGUUCAGGAGCUAUUUAAUGAGUACGGUUGCUGCUAAUUGGGGACUACCGAUUGCUGCCAUUAUGGACUUUAAAAAAGAUCCUGAAUUUAUAUCACCAAAGAUGACGCCAGAUCAAUACUCUAUUACAUUUUCAACAGCAAUGAUGGCAUAUUCGGCGGCGUUUAUGAGAUUUGCUAUCCAGGUACAACCACGAAAUUUACUUUUAUUUGCAUGUCAUUUGACGAAUGAAACCGCGCAGAUAGUACAAGCAUCUCGAUAUAUACAUUAUUUUCAUUUGGGCGGUAAAGAAAAAAAAUUAAAGUUAUUGGAAAAGAGUAGUGGUGAUACCAAAAUAAAAUAA